GGGAUCACCGUAAGGAAUUGGAGUGUUUGAAUAUAAAUAAAAAAAUUGUUGUAACAUUUUUUUUGAAAACUAAUAUUAAAAAAUGAAGCUCCUUCCCUCAAUUUGUCUACUCGUCACCGUUUUGGUGCUUACCAAUGCCGAGCCACCCCUCAUCAAACGUCCGUUAGGCUAUCCACUUUGGGCAGGAAAGAGUGCCAAGCAAAUAGCGCUUGGACGCAACAAAGCCGCUCUCGCCGGCGGCAAGCAACGUACUUUGGUGGUGCAGAUACGCAGCGAUCAGCCUGUGCCACUCGUAUUGAAAGGUGGACGCAACUCACAGCUACGACACGGACCCAAUCAUUUGCGUGGCGUGCGACCUUUCAAAUUGACUGGUCCAGUUUACUUGAAAAAUUCACCCAUCGUACACAAACCACUACAGCGUAAACCGCUAAAACUCAAAUUGACUAAUACAAAGCCGAAAAAUAAGCCUGCGACAAGCUACGAGGUGCCAUUCCGGUUUGAAGUGCCGAGCACAAACAACAUUGCAUAUCCGCCGUUGGGUAAUGAAGCUCAACAGUUGCCGUCGGAUACACAAAGCAAUUUCAUCACCGAGCAUGAACACGACAACGAUCACUUUGCACCCAUUCACACAAUACCCGCACCUAAUCUCUCCUUACCUGAAAAUCAUCUCCAGGAAUCAUAUUUGCCACCAAAACAACAACAAUCACAAACCUACCACCAAACCCUCACCAAUCAUAACAUCGAGAAUCAGUAUCAGGUCACAGAAGAGCACACCAAUGACCAAACCAUUCGUGACCCACUCUCUGGCUCACAGAAACUCUACGCGCCCGAUCCAGAUCCAUCGCUACCAGCUGCACAAUUGCGCCCUGCCACCGAGCCAUUCAAUCAGCCCAGCAACGGCAAACCACUACCAGUGGAUGUACAAUCCAACUUCCUUGUGCCCGCUCAGCCAUUGGUGCAGAUAAUCGGUGCCCAAGAGGUAGCCACGCCCGAGAUCUACCCAAUUCAAUUUACACAACAAGCCCAACUACAACCGCUAGUAAGCGCCAAUGUAGCUGCUGUACAUGCAGCAUCUGCGCCCAUCUACGAUCCAACAUAUCUGGUCACGCAGUCAAAUCAGCUUUAUACGCAACAUCAGCAACAGCUCUUCCAUCCUAGCGCUAGCCUCGUACAAGCCGGCUAUGUUAAUGCCGAUCUUACACAAGAGAUCGCCAGUGAUGGUCAAAUCUUACAGGCUGCCAAAGACCCACAUCACAAUAUUCAUCCAGUGUUGGAUAGUGCGCCGCAAUUUGCAGCGCUUAUUGCCGCCCCGGCCUUGGGUGAGCAAUCAGCGGCAGCAGCACACUAUAAUCUGCAGCCACAUGCUGCUGCACUAACAGCAACAUCUGCGGCGCCCGAGGGCGGAUUUGUUGUGUCAAAUUAUUAUGAUAAUGCAGGCCAAGACAAUUCUCAGCUGCUGCAAGCUUACGCUGAGGAGGAAGCACAGCGUCUCGAAAUCGAAGCGGAACAAGAAAAGCAGCAGUACGCUUUGCAACAACAGCAACAACAUUUGUUGGCGCUGCAACAGCAACAGCAGCACCACCAACAGCAACAGCACUUACAGCAACAACAAGAAUUGCAUCAACAGCAGCAGUUACAUCAGCAACAACAAGAAUUGCAACAGCAAGAGUUGCAUCAACAGCAGCAGCUACAUCAGCAACUACAAGAACAGCAACAGCUGCAGCAACAACUGCAAGAACAGCAGCUACAUCAUCAACAGUUGCAACAACAACAAUAUCAGCAACAACAACCAAAGCAGUCACUAGACCCGGCUGCUGCCGCCUUUCAUGAACACCAACGUCUAGUUCAGCAGCAGCUCGGUGCUGACACACCAUUGCGGAUAUUCGUUCCCGACGAUGAGAGCGCAGGGGAAGCGCGUUUGCAAAAGCGCUCUGAUAUGGUGAAGAAGGGCACCGUGGAGGACGCGAGCACCACCCACAAUGAGCACACGACAGCCGACGACGAUCUAUUCGAGGUAUCUUCGUCCGUUGAAGUAUCUAAUGAGAACCAAAAGGACGCACCCACGACUGACAACAAAUGA